AUGGCCAGAGACGAGCAAGUCGUCAUUAUUGGCGCAGGAAUUGUUGGCGCGAACCUGGCAGAUGAAUUGGUAUCUCGAGGAUGGAGAAACAUCACGGUUAUUGACCAGGGUCCACUGGAUAUGCCUGGGGGCUCUACAUCUCAUGCCCCGGGGUUAGUCUUUCAGACCAAUCAAUGCAAGUCAAUGACGGGCUUUGCGCGCUAUACAGUCGAAAAGAUGUUGAAGCUCGAGUUGGAUGGAAAGCCGUGCUUCAACCAGGUUGGCGGAUUGGAAAUCGCGACAACGCCAGAGCGAGUGGAGGAAUUAAAGAGAAAGCAAGGAUGGGCAGCUUCUUGGGGCAUCGACGCCAAGAUUGUUGAAGCCGAGAAGUGUUUGGAGCUGUACCCUCACCUGAACAAAGCCUUGGUGCUUGGGGGGCUUCAUAUACCAACCGACGGUCUCAUUCUGGCGGCUCAAGCUGUCCAGCAGCUCAUCUCACAGACGCGCAAAGUGGGAGUGAGAUACUUGGGAUCGACAACAGUGACGGGCAUCAAGCAGGAAAAUGGUCGUGUCACUGGGGUCAUGGUUGGCGAAGGAGUGAUUCCCGCCGACAUUGUCGUCUCAUGUGCCGGAUUCUGGGGUGUCGAGAUUGGCGCCAUGGUUGGGCUGCCUGUGCCUCUGCUGCCCAUGGCGCACCAGUACGUCAAGACGACGGCCAUUUCCGCGCAAGCCGGCAAAUACCAAGGGAGGAAUGGGGCCGGCUUGCCAAUCCUCCGCUACCAGGAUCAAGACUUGUAUUAUCGCGAGCACGGCGACCAGUUUGGCAUUGGCUACUAUGGCCACCGCCCUAUGCCUGUCGUCGCCGCUUCGCUGGGCCCUACGCCAAAGGACGUCGACGAGCAGCACAUGCCCUCGCGCAUGGACUUUACGCCAGAAGACUUUGAGCACGCCUGGCAGCUGUCCAAGAAUCUGCUGCCCAUCCUGCAGGACAGCGAGAUUGCUGACGGUUUCAACGGCAUCUUUUCCUUUACCCCAGACGGAGGUCCCAUCGUGGGCCAAGCACCGCACCUUGACAAUUUCUACGUGGCAGAGGCUGUCUGGGCGACUCACUCUGCUGGCGUCGCCAAAGCCGUCGCCGAGGUCCUCACCGACGGAAAGUCGACAAUCGAUCUCGCCGGCUGCGACAUUGCCCGCUUCGAGCAGGUCCAGCUCACUCCCGAAUACGUCGAGGAGACUUCGUCGCAAAACUUUGUCGAAGUAUACGACAUUAUCCACCCACUGCAGCCAAAGGAUUCGCCGAGAAACAUUCGUCUGAGCCCCUUUUAUGUUCGUCAAAAGGAGCUCGGGGCCUUUUUCCUCGAGGGAGGCACAUGGGAGCGACCGUAUUGGUUUGAAGAGAAUGCAAAGCUGCUGCCCGACCUCCCGCCUGAAUGGCAGCCUGUCGAGCGUGAUGCCUGGUCUGCAAGAUAUUACUCGCCAAUUGCCGCUGUCGAGGCCUGGAAGACGCGUACAGCUGUUGCCAUGUACGACAUGACGCCGCUGCGCCGCCUGGAGGUGACUGGUCCCGGAGCAGUAGAUUUGCUGGCUCGGCUGACCACUGGCUCUGUGUCGCGGAAGCCGGGUGCGGUCACUUACACGCUUCUUCUGGACGAGGCUGGCGGCAUCCGAAGCGACAUCACCGUCGCAAGAAUCGAAACCGAGCUCUUCCAGGUCGGUGUAAACGGCCCCGUGGAUACUGCUUACCUGCAGAGGGAAGCCCGUCUGCAAAACAAGCGUACCCCGGACCGCGCCGCCUACGUGCGCGACAUUACGGGAGGAACCUGCUGCGUCGGCCUGUGGGGACCGCUGGCGCGCAAGGUCAUAAGCAAAGUGAGCGCAGACGACUUUACAAACAAUGGCCUCAAGUAUUUCCGCCUGAAACGGGCCAGCAUCGCCGGCGUGCCCGUCGUGGCCAUGCGGCUGUCGUACGUUGGCGAGCUGGGCUGGGAGAUUUACGCCAGCGCCGAGAAUGGCGUCCGUCUGUGGGACGCGCUCUGGCAGGCCGGCCAGGAGCACGGCGUCGUGGCCGGGGGGCGCACCGCGUUCAACGCCCUGCGUCUCGAAAAGGGAUUCCGCUCCUGGGGCACGGACAUGAACUCGGAGCACGACCCGUACCAGGCCGGGCUGGAGUUUGCCGUCAAGAUGGACAAGGCGGCAGACUUUAGGGGCAAGGCCGCGCUGGAGGGCCGCUCGCGCGAAACCUGCAGCACGAGGCUUCGCUGUCUGACGGUGGAUGAUGGGCGCUCCAUGGUGCUGGGCAGGGAGCCCGUCUAUGUCAAUGGGAAGGCGUCUGGGUAUGUUACGAGUGCGGCGUUUGGAUACACGGUUGGGAAACCGAUUGCGUAUGCACAUCUGCCGAAUGAUGUUGCAGAAGGCGACGCCGUUGAAGUUGAGUAUUUUGGAAAUCGAAUUGCUGCGACUGUGACGGCUGAGCCAUUGUAUGAUGCACAGAUGGCUCGACUUCGUGGCUAG